ACAGACUGAGAAAUGUAUAUGUAUUGCACACAAACGCUUCUUAUAGAGAAAGCAACUACAAGUCUACAACUGCCACCACCCCAAAAAAAAAAAAACAAUAAUAAUAAUAAAAUAAAAUAAAAAUUUACAAAGACUCUGAGGUGGACUUGUCUAUUCGUUUCAUGGGAAGAUGAAAGGCACUUUUCCCUCUUCCUUAAAUAGAGAGAUGGUUGUGCUGUUUUUCUUUCCAUUGAAAAGUUCAUAUUUUGCCUUCUAAGCUUUUGGUUUGGAGGAGCAGAGCAGCUGCAGUGCAGAGACACCUCUAAAUUGGUUCUCCCAAGCAUUGAAAUAACAUCAUGAAGAAGAAGAUAGUAAUGAAAGUAGAGAUGAGAUGCCAGAAAUGUCGCACCAAGGCACUCAAGGUUGCGGCAAAAGCACAUGGUGUAGAAUCCUUGAUGUUGGAAGGAGAGGAGAAGGAUGAAGUGGUGGUGAUCGGAGAUGGAGUUGACGCGGUUGAGCUGGUUAAGAGCUUGAGGAAGAAGGUUGGGAAUACAGACAUUCUCAGCGUUGCAGAUGUCAAGCCCAAUUAGUUUAAUCUUCUUAUAUUUGUUUGACCGAAUUUUCCAGCAGAGAGAGAGAGAGACCAUCUUCCAAAAAACUUUUAAUUUCUGUAAUGCAGCUUUAGUUUUGUAAACUGUUAUUUCUGUUUGUCGGGAUAAAA